GUCUAACUUCCUCGAUCACUGUUUUAGGGUUUUACAAUUCUCUCUCCUCUCUCUCUCUCUCUCUCUCAACCUUCUUUUCAUGGUUCUUCUUCACCUUACUCUCUCUCCUCUCUCCUGAUUUCCGCCACUUCUCUCUCCUCUAACUCGCCAUCACCAUUCCCUCCCACAGGUCCAGAUCCAUAAUUACCGCAACUUUCCACACACACAUACACACAUAGGUACGUAUCGAUGUCGGCGUCGCCGUCCGAAUACCGUUCUCUCACGCCGGGGUCACUAUCCAACGCCGGAAUCUUCUCCAGAACCCUCACCACCGCCCAAUCCGUCUUCACCACGCGCCGGCCAUGGCCCCAGCUCAUCGGCACCCUGCCUGCCUCCUUCUCCCGCCCCCUAACCCUAGGCGAAGCCACCAGUCGCAUCAAGCGGAACCUGAACUACUUCCGCGUAAACUACGCCCUGUUCGCGCUGCUGGUUCUCUUCCUCAGCCUGUUGUGGCACCCGGUCUCGAUGAUCGUGUUCUUGGUCGUGUUGGUCGCGUGGAUCUCUCUCUACUUCUCCCGCGACGAGCCGUUUGUGAUAUUCAAUCGGAGCAUUGACGAUCGUGUGGUGAUGAUUGUGUUGAGUGUGGUUACGAUCGUGGCGGUGGUGUUGACGGGGGUGUGGUUGAAUGUGUUGGUUUCUGUUUUGAUUGGGAUGGCGAUUAUUUGUGUGCACGCUGCGUUUAGGGUUUCGGAUGAUUUGUUUCUUGAUGAGGAAGAAGCAGCCGGUGGUUUGCUUUCGGUUGUUCGAUGAUUGGACAGAGGUUUUUUGUAGGUCGAGGUGCGUGUAAGUCUGUCCUUAUCGAAAAGAAAAAUAUAUAUAGAGGUUUUUUUAAGUUUUGAUAUUUCAGGCUAUCAGGUCUUCAUUUUGGUCUCUGUUGGUUUCAUUCUUGUAUUGAUUCAACUUCAGGCAAUAAUUGAGUAAAUGUUUUGGUUUGAUUUGGAA